UUAUCGACUCGAAACGGAGAGUGUUGAAUGAAGCACCUGUGCUGGAUAGAUUGACCGCACUAUAGGAACAGAAAGCUCAUAUUUCCUGCCACGUUUUCUAGCAAGCAUCGCCUGGAAAAUUCAAAAGUGGACAGUGAUCUAUUUACGGGAGUUGGUCUCAGCGGCAACAGUGGCCACGGCGAGCGAUGAUAAAACUUCAUCUUACAAGUUUCGGUGCUCUUCUGUGCGUGACUGCACUAGUGGUGCUUAUCAGGUCGACGCAGGGCUGUGAUCUGGACCAAACGCAGCAAGGAUGCCGGAUAGAUAAUGGUCAGUGCACUUGUGCGUUCGGUUGCAAAUCGGAGUUUCGCUACGCCACACGGAAAGAGUGUCAGGAUGCGCUAAAGGGCCGCACCAACGAUAUCUGUAACCGGCAGCCGUGCAUGAAUGGAGGAACAUGUACGCAGGUCUUGGCCAUGCCGCAAUACAAAUGUCGUUGCGAAGGAACAGGAUACUGGGGCAACCGCUGUCAUCGAUUAUGCCCCAAACCCGACCAGAUCCAGGCAGGCAGCAAAUUUCCCUACGAAUGCGUCGUUAUUUGAAUGUCAUCAAACGCGGAAAUAAAAGGCGCUCUACUACUUUAGUUACACCAGCAGUUAAUCAAUGAGUUAAUAAUUUUCUUGCAAACCUAUUGUUCAUAGAAUCGGCACGUCAAAAUCAAUUGUCACAGGAGAGAAUCAAGUACAGCCAAACUUCAUCAACUGCAAACACUAGGAACAAUCAUUCUGAAAAUGAAACACCCAACGAACAUCGAAAAAGGAAACAAUUGUUAGGAAAUUGACCACAACUAACAACUUACGGCUAGCUUUAAUACGAUAUCCCAAACGACUAUAAAUACUCCACACCAAAUAGAUAAGGUUGGCUUCGAAAAGCCAUCGGCGGCAUCGGCGACAAGAUUCAUGGACAAGGCAAUGUCCAAAACCGGUACAAAACCGACACCUGAAACGGGAAGCUCGUUCAUCGAAUGUGGAUUUAUCAGUAAGCUUAAAUGAUAUGUGUAGUUUAAGAUGGUUACGCCACUAGAUGCACUGUGCGAAAUUCAGUGAUUGUUUGUUAACAAUGCGCUCACAAUCGAAGACAGUGGUAAUAGUUAAAGGUUUGAAUCAAACUACCAGUUAUUAGACAUUUUUUACAAUUGAUAAUGAUAAUUUACCACAUGACCGUUGAGAUGGUUCGACAUGUAGCGUAACAGUACAGUUACAAGUCCAUAAACAACGUAUACUUACGCUUGAAUAAAGCUAUAAUACGUUUUCUAUAUGUGCUCAGAGAAAAAUAAACAUUUCCAAACUGCAAC